AUGGACCCAUCAGCGCUUGCCCGCGUCGAGCGGCAGCGAGCAGAGCUCGAAACCAACAUCACCAAACUCCGCAAAGCCCUGCGACACUGGCAGGCUCUGGAGAUUGACUAUGAAGGGCUUCGGGAAGAAUUCUUGGGCCUUCCGAAGGACUCUUCCCCCAAGGAGUGCCUGCAAGCUGCUAAAGACUCCAAACCUGAACUUGUGGACGAAAAAGAGCUACAGGAGCUGCUGGUAGACGCCAGUUCCCGCCCUCGUCGUCCUGUCCAACUGGUUCAUUUGCUGUCGAAACGGGUUGACUAUGUUACCCGUAACAUUGAGGCGAUCCGCAAACAAUUGUCUGAUGCGGAAAAGAAACGGAAUGCCCUUCUCCUCGCUGAAGAACCGAGCCAUAGGGAUGAGGCUGGGCUUCCACUGGCCGAGAUCACCGAAGAGCUCGAUGAGGAAGGGAAUGUCAUUUCAAGCAAAGUGCAGACUCCCGGCUCAGAUGCCGCCCAAUUGAUGGAUGUGUUGAAGAAGGCGGGAGUAGAAGACCUAGAAGACUUGGGUGGCACCAUAACCAAGGCUGCCCCAUCGAGCAACCCUGAGGUGGCGGCAACAUCUCAGUCUCAGAAUACCGUCGACACCAAAAGUCAACACACAAACGUCUCGAUAGACGAGCUACCCACGAAUUCCUUCGAUACACCCGAUGAAGCCGAAUUACGCCGUGAGAUGCUUCAAUACUCACGGGGCUUGGAUGAAGUAGGAGCUAUUGUGGCUGAAUUAGAGCUCGAGGAGGAGACAUCGGAUGUCGUAGAAGAUGAUGAUGACGAGCUUGAUCUGGACUUCGACUCCGAGAUGGAUAUCGAGGAGGAAACAGAUGAGGAUUCAGAAGAUGACAGCGGCAAAAGCAACCGUGGGCUGUUCCUGUCGCGAAGAUAUCAAAAGAGGAUGGAAGAGUUGCAGGAGAAACUUGGCUUAAAGAACGUUGGCCCUGAGCUGCAAACAGAGGCAGCAAUUGAUCAACCACGGAAAGAGCAACGGCCGCCUGCAGCCGAAGCUGCACGAAAGGCGGCGAUCUUAAGAGAUGAACAAUCCAAGAAAAGUAGCUUGAAGCCCGCGAAGAGCGAUCCUGCGGAAGCCGGAUCAGUCAACAGAAGGUCUGGGAGAAAGAAGGUGGCAUUCUCCUCAGAACUAGACAUUGCUGCCGAGAACCCUCCUACCACCACUUCCGAACUCGCAAAAAUGUCUCCAGUUGCGCCAGAAAAGCUACAGUUGCGACCAAUCAACGACUCCAUUGUCGAACGGGAGGCAGGUCAGGACGAUACAGAGGCUACCGCUCCAGCACCUCCUGCCCCAACAGCCGCCAAACAAUCACGCUUCAAGGCCGCACGUCAAUCCCAGCCGCAAACGCCGAUGUUUGCUGCCCCAAUGGAAUUUCCCCAGGGGAAGCCUGAGGACAAAUCGACACCUCACCCUCCCUCCAAGAUGGUCUCUACAACUCUGAUCGAGCGUUCUUCGCCAAAAGCAACAACAGCCCCCGAUCCCAACGACUUUUCCGAUCAGGAUCAUCAGCGCGAAAUAGCAAGGGACUAUCAGCAACACCGGAUCAAGCGCAUACUUGCCCAGGAAGGUGGAUUCCUCGGAAGUGCUGAAGAAGGUGAAAUAACACCACUCGAGGACGAAGGGACCGGGAGACGCGUGAGCAGAUUUAAAGCUGCUCAGAUCAAACGGUAA